AGAGAAUGCGUGAUAUGCAGAGACCACUUCCGCUCCGAUGAAGUGGCUACUGUUCCAUGCCACCAUGACUACUGCAGGCCCUGCUUGGUGUCGCUAUUCACCGCUGCCAUGACAGACGAGUCGUUGUUUCCACCCAGAUGCUGCAGCAAGCCAAUCAAUCUCGACCAGUGCCGUUUUCUUUUGGGGCCACAGCUGGUCGGGAGGUUUCUGGCCAAGAAGCUGGAGUUCGAGACUCCCAACAGAACAUACUGCUCCCAACCAACAUGCUCCUUCUUCAUACCGCCGCUCUUUAUUCGCCAGGAUGUUGCUACAUGUGUCAAGUGUGGACACAAGACCUGUGGGCUUUGCAGAGGCCAGGCUCACACUGGCACAGAUUGCCCUGGAGAUCCAGCGGCGCAAGAAGUGCUCGCUAUGGCGGAGAGAGAAGGAUGGAAGAGGUGUCACUCCUGUAAGAGGAUGGUGGAGCUCAAGUAUGGCUGCAAUCACAUCACCUGCCCGUGUGGUGCCCACUUCUGCUAUGCAUGUGGAGAUAUUUGGAAAACAUGUCGCUGCGAAUUCUAUAGUGAGGAAGCUCUCAUGGCUCAAGCCAACAGGCACGUCAAUCGAGAUGCGGGAGCUGGACAACUCCCCGGGCCAGUGAGGCAGCAGCGAGUAGCGGCAGCUGCGCAGCACUUGCUCGAGAAUCAUGAGUGUGCUCAUGCCAGAUGGACAGGGCGAGGAGGGCGGUUCCAAUGCGAAGAGUGUUACGACUGGCUACCACGAUACAUUUAUGAGUGCCGGCAGUGUCGUUUGCUUGCGUGCAGGAGAUGCCGCUUCAACCGUCUGUGA